UCACAGGUGUGGAUCGACGCGGUAACGCAAAUCUUCUUUUCGUAUGGGUUGGGCCUGGGCACAUUAGUAGCCCUGGGCAGCUACAACAAAUUCACCAACAACGUCUACAAGGACGCGCUCAUCGUGUGCUCUAUCAACUCGAGCACCAGUGUGUUCGCGGGCUUCGUAAUCUUCUCCGUCGUGGGUUUCAUGGCUCACGAGCAAGAGAAGCCCGUGGCCGAGGUGGCGGCCUCAGGACCUGGUCUCGCCUUUUUGGCCUAUCCGUCGGCGGUGCUGCAACUGCCGGGGGCGCCCGUCUGGUCCUGUCUCUUCUUCCUUAUGUUGCUGUGCAUCGGCUUGGACAGUCAGUUCUGCACCAUGGAGGGCUUCAUCACCGCCAUGGUGGACGAGUGGCCGCAGCUGCUGCGCCGCCGCAAGGAGGUCUUCAUCGCCAUCGUCUGCUUCCUGUCCUUCAUCGUCGGCCUCUCCUGCAUAUCGGAGGGAGGCAUGUACGUGUUUCAAAUAUUGGACUCAUAUGCCGUAAGUGGCUUCUGCCUGCUCUUCCUCAUCUUUUUUGAGUGUAUCGCCAUUUCAUGGGCGUUCGGUGUCAACCGUUUUUACGACGGCAUCAAGGACAUGAUCGGCUACUACCCCUUCAUGUGGUGGAAGUUCUGCUGGACCAUUGCGACUCCGCUCAUCUGCGUGGGUGUGUUCAUCUUCAACCUGGUACAAUGGACGCCCAUCAAGUACCUGGACUACGAGUAUCCCUGGUGGAGCCAUUGCAUCGGCUGGAUUACUGCGUUGUCAUCUAUGCUUUGCAUCCCAGGAUACAUGGUGUGGCUUUGGACGCACACGCCUGGCGACUUGGCAACGAAAAUCAAGUUGCUGAUCCGGAUAGACGACGACGUGGCGUCUCUCCGCGCGAAGAUGACCGGCGGAGUGUCGGAGAUCACGUCGCUGUGA